UUAGGAUAUUCUUAUGGGAUAGCUCCUAGAUCUCCAGUCUCAGUUCAUCACUUCUGUUCUGUUUUCCAAGGAAAUAGGAUUUCUCCCUUUACCCAGAGUGAGGAGGAGCUGGAAGGUCAGAGGAAAAUUCAGGAACACAGGACACCCCUGCCUCGGUCCCAGCUCUGGUCUUGAUCCCUGACCCUUCUUUCUCAACAUACGCGUGGCAGCAACACACGGAAGGGCAGGUUUUUCUCACUGGAGCUCUGAAUGCCCAGGCCCCCUCUGCCAUGGCCAGCCGGGGUGGGGGCCGGGGUCGCGGCCGUGGCCAGCUGACCUUCAACAUGGAGGCUGUGGGCAUCAGCAAGGGGGAUGCGCUGCCCCCACCCACGUUGCAGCCUUCUCCACUCUUCCCCCCCCUGGAGUUCCACCCCGUGCCCCUGCCCUCGGGGGAGGAAGGGGAGUACGUCUUGGCACUGAAGCAGGAGCUCCGAGGGGCCAUGAGGCAGCUACCCUACUUCAUCCGGCCAGCGGUCCCCAAGAGAGAUGUGGAGCGUUACUCAGACAAGUACCAGAUGUCUGGGCCAAUUGACAAUGCCAUCGACUGGAACCCCGACUGGAGACGUCUACCCCGGGAACUGAAAAUCCGCGUGCGGAAGUUACAGAAGGAGCGAACCACCAUCCUCCUCCCCAAGAGGCCUACGAAGAGCACAGAAGAUAAGGAGGAAACGAUCCAGAAACUAGAGACUCUGGAGAAGAAGGAAGAAGAAGUGACUUCAGAGGAAGAGGAGGAGAAAGAAGAAGAAGAAGAGAAGGAGGAGGAAGAGGAAGAGGAGUAUGACGAAGAGGAGCAUGAGGAGGAAACUGAUUACAUCAUGUCCUAUUUUGACAAUGGAGAGGACUUUGGGGGUGACAGUGAUGACAAUAUGGAUGAGGCCAUCUACUGAAGAGGACCCUGAUCAGUACCUCACACUUCACAUCUUUCUUGAUUCAGGUUACAGAGAAGCACUUGGCUUUGUGGACUAGCAAAUCAUUUGCUCACAGUCCAACUAACCUACUAGGAGGACAGAUAGCUCUCUCUCCCGCCUCUCCUCUCUUUCUACCCCUUUAUCACUUUGAUAUCUUGGGGAAACGGCAAAGGACCCAUGUCUUCAUUGUACGGAAGGGAGAAAGAAGGUUUUAAGGGACCAGAGUGAGAGUACAGAGGGAAGGGCGUUUGCCUCGCCUGUGGCCGACCUGGGUUGGAUCCCUGAUACGCCGAGCACCGCCAGGAGUGAUUCCUGAGUACAGAGCCAGGAGUAACCCCUGAGUAUCGCAGGGUGUGACCCAAAAAGCAAGAAAGAAGAAGAGUGUUAAAGAAGAAUCAGUGUUGCUAGGGCUGAGAAAGUGCUGCAUAUGGCCCCCCCACUCAUUUCUUAACAGUUUGAUGUGGAGCUCAGUGUGGGCGCGGGCAGGUCAGUUUCAUAUUUUUAAAUAAAAGUUUUUUUUUUUUAAUCUGUUUCCUCUCUCAGCAAGGAGUGGAUGGGAGAGGGGUGAGGAGUGAAGGGGCUGACUAACUGAACCAGGACCCUGCCCUGGGAGAGGCCAGGUAGAUGGGGGCGGGGGGUGGGGUGGGGGGUUCCUGUCUUCCUGUCCCGCACAGGUAAGCACACACUCCUGGUGGCGCCCUGUCAAAGAGCGUACAGGAGUGAUCACACCAUGCACGGUGAGUGGUAAAGAACAGCUCAGACUCUGAAGUUCAGCUGACCUGUGAGGGCAAGUCCUCCGGCCACAGGAACACGGUUGUCUUUGUUCAUAUGUGUCCACUGAAACACAGGCCUUUCCUUUCUCAUGCUUGACCUUGAUCUCAUGUUUGUCCUUGUUUACAAGGAAUGACCAGGCAGCUAUUUCUGUGGGGAGCCUGGGGAAAGCCAGGUGCUGGGAAGGGAGAAGGUGCUGACUGUUAUGAAGCCUGGGCACCUCUGGGCACCCAGAGCCCCUGGGUCGAUGGGAAUUCUAUCUGGAGAGAGUUCCCCAGAGGCACUUCCAGAAACCGCAGUGCAGCCAAGUUGCAGUUUCUCUUUUGGUUCCCAUUCUGUCGGAUUUAGUUAGCCUUUCUCACUCCCUCUGGGAGGCUGGCACUGGUGAGGCUGAUUUACAGGAAGUGGGGAGGGCGAGGAGAAAAGGAGUGACUUAGGGACACUCACAGCUCAGAGAACUGCCUUCUCGCCCCCACAGCACUUGCUGAGUGAGGUCACUUGCCUGGACCCUGAUUGGCUUCUAAGGAAGCCCUGGAGGAGCUGAUUGGUUCCAGCCACUUGACAUGCAACCAGGCCGGCAGUGACCAGAAUAGGAACUGAAGGAGCUGAGAAGGAGGCAGCCACAGAUAGUGAAGGUGCUGUCAUAGCGACCCUGCCAAACACUCAGAAGCUGCAAAAACAAGAUACAGAAGAAUCUUCAAGAAAUUCCCCCACCAUAUUCAGGCAGGAAGACUGCAUUUCCUUUUACAUCAGCUGAUAGAAACUAGCCACGGGAUGUUAGAUACUGUCCUUUGUAAACACUCGGGCUGGGAUUCGUCAGAGGGAAGUCACCUUAAAAGCGUAGUUUUGUGGGCUGGGGAGAUGGCUCACAGGGCUGACCCCGUGCUUUGCACGUGGGAAGCCUUCAUUUGACACCACCAGCACCUCAUGUCACCUGAGCACUGACAGGAACAACCCUGAACACCAAGCCAGGAGCACAGCAAGGUGUGGCCCCCAGACACAAACAGCAACAACAGAGGCCUGGUUUGUGGGGAUCUGGGGUGUGACUCAGCAGCAGACCACUUGUCUUGGGGGUGGAAGAACCUGACUUGACUCCUCAGAAGGUUUAACGGAAAAAAAUAGAGCCUGUUUUGUGGCAGUAUGUUCAGGGAGACAAAGAACAGAGAAGUAACAGGAACACAGAACAUUCCACAGUCAUUGAGCAAUUUGUGAUCAUUGAUGUGCUUCCUUGUCUGUCUUGAGUUUUCUGUGAGGAAUGGGGAAGGGCCUGAGAACCUGUCACUGUGAUUUCCUGGGGUCACACUCUCACCUCACUGAAGCAGGGAGGAGUCUGUGAGAAGACAGGAAAGGAACCAGAGAGAUAGCACAGGGGGGCGGCAUUGCUGUGCAUGCGACCGAUCCUGGUUAUGUCCCUGGUACCACAUAAUCCUUGCGCGCCACUGGGAAUGACCCUCUGAUGAGAUAGCCGGGAGUAGCUCCAUAGCACUGCUAGGUAUUGUGAAGGACCGGCCCAGGAAUUCCAGGACAGGCCAUAGGAAUCUAUUUAACUGUCUUAAGAUUCUUUUUACAGGAACCUGCAUUAUGAAAUAACUUGUCUAUCUGUCCCUGAGCAAGGUAUUUGGAACCAGGCGCCCUGGGUCACAAAAAGAGUGGUGGUCAGACCAGAUAACCAGAUGCAUGUCAUAAGGCCCAUAUCACAAGACCCAUGUCACAAGACCCAGGACUGCCCCCAGAACCGGGACAUUCCUGAAUGUUGGCGCGAAUACUGUUCUCUAAAACCAUAGGCUAAGGAGUAAUGUCAUUUUAAAUGGAUUGGUUAAGAAAGUCUGCAAUAUUACAAAUCUAUUGGCUAUGAAAUGCACAGGCUCUGCUGUAACGGCCGGGGAAGGCCUAUAUAAGAUCUCCUUUGGAGAAGCUCGGGGUCUUGCCCAACCUGCUGGACCUGCGUGUCCGUGUAGGCGGCUGGACCCUGGCUAGCCAGUCUCACAAUAAACCCUGCUUGCUGUU